GCUGAAACCUGAUGGAUUAAAAAGAGCAGUUCAUCUACUACAGCCAUACGCAAUCCCAGGUGCUGCAAAGACAAGCAAGCUGGAAGGGACAGUCAGUAUCUGUGCUCUCAGGGCAAAUUACCUGGCAGCAAUUUUGUUCCUGCCUGUGCCAUGCGUCAACUGUACAUUGCUUGAUGUAGAACAGCAACCCCAUGCGUGUUCCUUACUACCCCACAAUGGAACUUUAACAAAUGGCCGCAGAUGUCCAUCAGGCUGCAAGCCUGAAUCCUAGGUUGCUUGUGAGGCGAUGAACAGCUGCUUAGAGGCAGGCACCCUAGGUGGACACGAAUUGUUGCCCAAGAAAAAGCUCGAUCAUGAAAUCAAGUCAGAGCUGGAAAAGAUCCCGAGCAGCAUAAAGCAGGGAUUAUGCACAGCCAUCUGCGCAUCUAGCAGCAGUGACUAACCCUGCUCGGACAACAUGUCCUGUGAACCACCGAAUAUUACCCCAAGAUAUUUGCUUAUAGACUGUCUCUUCCUGGGCACGGCAGCCUUCAAUCGGACACACAGAUACACCACCAAGUCAUUACCACAAUCACCUCAUUUUACCCACACCAAAUAGAGCAUGAUGGACGCUAGAUCACUGCUGGACACUGCUGAUCAGGCAGGGAUCCCCCCAACAAUGGAGAGCCACCCGCUCUUCUCUCCACACAUGCUCAACUGCAUGGCAGACCCUGUUUAGCCAGGCAGUCUACGGCUGCAGUACUCUGGGGCGACACAUCCAAGGAGCACCAAGGAUGGAGGCUACCACGAACCCCGUCAAAAAAGACGUGCGCUCCCGCUUUUAUUUCUUCGCACAGAAGUGUGCUUGUAGACCAGACGAAGAAACGUUCAGGUGCCGAGUCCCUAUGCCGGCAUUGGUGAGCAAAAGACAUCAACAGAUCUAGGCACACCACAGAAUAAUGCUGGUGUCCUCUACUACCUCACCCUCGCUCAAAAGUGAAUCUGCAUCUUAUGGCUCCGCCUCCUGGAGCCUCUGAUGCUUGAAAUUCCUGAGCGCCUGAUCCAAGGCUGCAAUACUGAGCGCCUGUUACACUGUCAAUAAAUUGAGAGUCUUGAGCCCAAUGGAAUGUUCCGCCACGUGUUAUC